AUGUCUGACAGGAAACUACCCACCGAAAAGAGUGAACGUAUCCUUGCUGAACUGCUAAAGAUCCCCGUCAACACCAUCUGCUGCGACUGCGGAGCUGCCAAUCCGAAAUGGGCCUCUUACUCUCUCGGCUGUUUCCUCUGUGUACGAUGUGUCAGCAUCCAUCGGAAGAUGGGUACCCAUAUCUCCAAAGUCAGAUCCGUCACCUUGGACGCAUGGACUCAGGAAGAUAUCGAUGUAAAGACAAUAAAAAGCCUUCUUCCUUUUCAUUUCUUUUUUUUUUUUUUUUUUUUUUUUUCUCCCUUCCUUCCUUUCUUUACAAAACUUUUCUCAUCUUGA